UGGUUUAAGAUUAUUGGCGUUAGCAGUGACUUUUUGUAAUUUCACUUUCGAGUUAUAUAAAGAAAAGAUUUGUUAUUACACAUUUUUCUGAAAAGAAAAAUUUAUAAUAAUAUUAUAAGAAAAUGUGUUUGAUUCUGAUGUUGACAUUAAUAUUAACAGUGACUGCAAAAUAUGAUUACAGUUUAAAGCAAGAUAUUUUGAACGAUGUUAAAAUUCAACUUGAAGAUUUUGAAGACUUAGAAAAUGAUCAGCAAUCACAAGAUGCAAAAUUUCAAGAAGCACAUAUUGGUAAAAUCUAUUCUUUUGAAAACUUCUACCAUUCAAACUAUCGAAUUGGAAUUUUGGCAGAUGGUUCAGCAACUGCAUCUUUGUUGUCAAAUGGUCUGGAAAUGUUCCGGAUUGUUAGAGCACUUAACGGAAGGGCUGAUUCAGUUUCUUUUCAAUCAGCAAAGGAUAGAAACAUGUACCUACAAGAACAUAAUCUUGCCUUGAGGCUUCACAAAAAUGAUGAUUCUAUAUUGUUUAAAAAUUCUGCUUCAUUUAUAAUGCGAAAUAACAAGUAUUAUCCAGGCUACUUUUCAAUUGAGUCUUCAAAUAACCCUGGCUAUUUUCUCAAAUGUACUUCAUCAACUUGGAGGUUAUCAUUUAUAAAAGAAAAUUUGAGUGAUAAUCUGUACAAAGUAGUAGCAAGUUAUCGACUUGUUCGACUCGGAAUCGUACAUAUUGGAAAAUGUUAUUCUUUUCAAUCUAAAAAUUUUCCUCAAUACUCGAUUGGCAUUGGUCAUAAUGACAUUGCUACAAUUCGUUUAAAUGACAUGGUUGAAUUUUGCAUUGUCAAAGCACUUAAUGGGCGAGGUGAUGCUGUUUCUCUUCUCUCGGCAAAUGAUAGCUCAAAAUACCUGCGCCAACAAGAUUUAUUUCUCAAGUUACACUCAUUAGAUGUAUACAAUGUUGAACCGUUCAAAAAUGAUGCUUCUUUUAUUCUUCGUGAAGAUUUUUUUUAUUCAGGAUACGUCUCGCUUGAGUCCACCAAUUAUCCAAAAUAUUAUAUUAGACAUCAAUCGGACACAUUGAAAUUGCAAAAUGAAGAAUUCUUUUUUAAUGCUUUUAAAAAUGAUGCUAGUUUUAAGCUUGUUCAGAUGCAUGAUUCACACAUUGGAAAGCAGUAUUCAUUUCAACCCAACGAUCUCCCACAAUAUCGAAUUGGUAUUAGAAGUACUGAAACUGCAUCUAUUCUUUAUAAAGGCUUGGAUGAAUUUCGUAUUGUUAAAGCACUCAAUGGACAAAGUCAGUAUGUUUCUCUUCAAUCAGUCAAUGAUAAAGAUAAAUAUUUACGUGCUCAAGGAUUUGGUCUCAAGCUACAAUCUAUAGAUUUUACUUCUGAACAGUUUAAUGGUGAUGCAUCUUUUAACUUACUGGAAAGCUUUUAUUACCCAGGUUAUGUUUCUUUUGAGUCUGCAAAUGAACCAGGAUAUUUUCUUAAACAUGAUCACUUUACCAUUAAGCUGCUCAAAGAAGAACCCUUCAAUGAAAAAUACAGACGAGCUGCAAGUUUUAAGCUUCUGCAGUCAUCGAGCCGAUUGCAACUAAAUUUGGCGUUAGAAUUACAACUAACUAAAAAACUUCAAGAUCGUUUAUAUGGUUGAAUUUUAAUAUAAGGAUUUUGAAUUUGUAAAGUUUGAAAAAAAACUAAAUAAAAAAGUUUUUUGUUUUU